GUGGCUCGUAACUCCGAGCCAUUUAUGCGCCAAGUGUUUGUUACCGGCGAUAUCGAAGACCUGAACCAUCUCGCCCGACAGGUUUUCGUGCUGAGGAAGCGAGCGUCUCAUGAGCUGGUUGUGCCAGGGGCAAGGUUCUACAUCUGCAGCUUGUCGCUGAAGACAGUUGUCUAUAAGGGAUUGUUGACUUCAAAUCAAUUAUGGGAGUACUUCAAGGAUCUCGGCAAUCCAGCGUUCACGACAUACCUGGCGCUGGUCCAUACCAGAUUCUCCACCAACACUUUCCCCAGCUGGGAAAGAGCACACCCUUUGAGAGUUCUUGCCCAUAAUGGUGAAAUAAAUACGUUACGUGGUAACGUCAAUUUGAUGAAGGCGCGCGAAGGCGUCAUGAAGAGCGAACUCUUCAAAGAUUCUGAACUGAAGAAACUCUACCCGGUCGUGGAGCCCAAUCUUUCCGACUCUGGAUCCGCCGACUGCGUACUGGAAUUCCUCCUCCACUGUGGCCAACGUACCCUGCCCGAAGCGGUCAUGACCAUGGUGCCCGAGGCCUGGCACAACGAUAAGACCAUGCCGCAAGAAAAGAGGGACUAUUAUCAAUGGGCCUCGUGUGCCAUGGAGGCAUGGGACGGCCCAGCUUUGAUCUCAUUCACGGAUGGACGAUACAUUGGUGCCAUACUGGACCGGAACGGCCUCCGUCCGUCUCGAUUCUACGUUACCAGUGAAAACGUACUUGUGAUGGCUUCCGAAGUUGGAGUGUAUGACGUCGAACCUGAGAAGGUUAUACUCAAGAGUCGCCUAAAACCUGGCCGUAUGUUAUUAGUAGACACUGAAGAGAAGAAGAUCAUUCAAGACGUGGAGCUUAAGCUCAAAAUCGCACGAAGCCGACCACACUCACAGUGGCUCAAAGAACAGAUUACAAUGGAAGACAUUCACAAGUCGGUAGCGUCUGCAAAUGGCACUGUGGCGUUGAACGGCUCACCGAAUGGAGCUAUAGUAGGCCUGAGCGACAAACGACUGGCCCUCUUUGGGUACACCAUUGAAGCUAUUAACAUGCUGCUGGUACCUAUGAUUCAAAACAAGAAAGAAGCAUUGGGAAGUAUGGGCAACGACGCGCCACUUGCGUGCCUGUCGCAGUUUCAGCCGCUGCCCUACGAGUAUUUCAAGCAGCUGUUCGCGCAGGUCACCAACCCGCCCAUUGAUCCCUUCAGGGAGAAAAUCGUAAUGUCGCUGCUUUGCCCGAUUGGGCCUGCAGCCAACAUCCUGCAGCCGAGCGCACAGUUCGUCCACCGUGUUUUCCUGCCGCAGCCCAUCCUGUCACUGCCGGACCUUCACGCGCUCAAGACCACCAAUCACCGCGGCUGGAAGACGAAAGUGCUGGACUGCACGUUCCCCUACGCGGAGGGGCCGCUGGGCCUGGAGCCGGCGCUGACCCGCAUCGCCAACGAGGCCUCCGCCGCGGCACAGGACGGAUAUCAGCUCAUCGUCCUGAGCGACCGCGCGGCUGGGAAGGAGAGGGUGCCCGUCAGCUCCUUGCUUGCUCUUGGUGCUGUCCACCACCACAUGAUCGAGACUCGACAGCGCAUGAAAGUUGGGAUCAUCGUAGAGACGGCGGAAGCCAGAGAGGUUCACCACAUGUGUGUCUUGCUAGGGUAUGGCGCGGAUGCAAUCUGUCCAUACCUCGCUUUCGAACUGGCCUUCGCUCUCCGCAACGACCACAUCCUCGACCCGAACCUAACCGACGAGGACAUCUACGUCGCCUACCAGAAAGCCAUGGAGACUGGCUUAGCCAAAGUGAUGGCGAAGAUGGGGAUUAGUAUGCUGCAGUCUUACAGGAGCGCGCAGAUCUUUGAGGCAGUUGGUCUGAGUGAGGAGGUCAUUGAUAAGUGCUUCAAGGGAACUCAGUCUAGAAUUGGUGGUGUGAACUUCGAAAUUCUUUCUCAAGACAUCUUUGACAGAUACGCUUUGGCCUACGGAGAAAUGAGAGACGCUCUCGUUUUAAGGAACCCCGGUAACUAUCACUGGCGCGCUGGUGGCGAGAAACAUAUCAACGAUCCGAUGUCCAUCGCUAACCUCCAAGAAGCUGCUUUGAAUAAUAGCUCUUCAGCUUAUGAUAAAUACAAGGAAAGCGCAUUAGAAUCCGUUCGGGCGUGUACGCUCCGAGGCCAGCUGGAGCUCGUGAAGCUGGACGAACCGAUCCCGCUGAAUGAAGUGGAGCCGGCCUCUGAGAUCGUGAAGAGAUUCGCCACCGGCGCAAUGUCCUUCGGAUCGAUCUCGUUGGAGGCGCACACGACUCUGGCCAUUGCCAUGAACCGCAUCGGAGGCAAGUCCAACACCGGCGAGGGUGGCGAGAACGCAGACCGGUACUUGAACCAAGAUCCCGACUACAACAAGAGGUCAGCGAUCAAGCAAGUAGCUUCCGGACGCUUCGGCGUGACGGCAUCGUAUCUCGCACACGCUGACGACCUGCAAAUCAAGAUGGCCCAAGGCGCUAAACCUGGAGAGGGCGGCGAAUUACCCGGCUACAAAGUGACAGAACAAAUUGCCAAAACUCGCUGCUCGGUACCGGGAGUGGGGCUGAUUUCCCCACCACCCCACCACGAUAUCUACUCGAUCGAGGACUUGGCCGAGCUGAUCUACGACCUCAAGUGCGCCAAUCCACGCGCACGCAUUUCUGUCAAACUCGUUUCGGAAGUUGGUGUAGGCGUUGUCGCUUCGGGAGUCGCCAAGGGCAAAGCUGAGCACAUAGUAAUUUCGGGCCACGACGGCGGCACAGGCGCCAGCUCGUGGACGGGCAUCAAGUCGGCCGGCCUGCCCUGGGAGCUGGGCAUCGCCGAGACGCACCAGGUGCUCGUGCUCAACGACCUGCGCUCCAGAGUGGUCGUCCAAGCCGAUGGCCAAAUCCGGACAGGCUUCGACGUGAUGGUCGCAGCCCUCCUCGGUGCCGACGAGUUCGGCUUCAGCACAGCCCCGCUCAUUGCCCUGGGCUGCACCAUGAUGCGCAAGUGCCACCUCAACACGUGUCCCGUGGGCAUCGCCACGCAGGAUCCGGUCUUGAGGGCCAAGUUCGCCGGCAAGCCGGAACAUGUCGUCAACUACCUAUUUAUGUUGGCUGAAGAGGUUCGCCAGCACAUGGCAGAAGUGGGCGUACGCAAAUUCCAAGAUUUGAUUGGUCGCACAGACUUGCUGAAAGUGCGAGAGAACAAUGAUAACCCUAAGGCACGCCUUCUCAACCUCAGUCUCAUAUUGAAGAACGCUCUGCACAUGCGGCCUGGAGUCAACAUCAUCGGCGGUUCUAAGUCACAGGACUUCCAACUGGAAAAACGACUUGACAACCAGCUGAUCGAGCAGUGUGCUGGCAUCCUAGACGGAACGCAAAAGCACAUCGACAUCAAGAUGAAGAUCACCAACGAAGACAGAGCUUUUACUUCCACUCUGUCUUACCAUGUUGCUAUGAAAUACGGUGACCUUGGUCUGCCCGACGGCACAACCGUGAACAUCGCUCUCACUGGCUCUGCUGGGCAGAGCUUCUGCGCGUUCCUGUCCAAGGGAAUCACUGUUACCCUCGAAGGAGACGCUAACGACUACGUUGGCAAGGGCCUGUGCGGUGGCAAAGUGAUCAUCUACCCACCGAAAACAUCCUCGUUCGAGUCGCACCUCAACGUGAUAGUUGGAAACGUGUGCUUGUAUGGAGCCACCUCUGGACGAGCUUAUUUCAGAGGCAUCGCGUCCGAACGCUUCUGCGUGCGCAACUCAGGCUGCACGGCCGUGGUGGAAGGCGUGGGCGACCACGGCUGCGAGUACAUGACAGCCGGCACUGUGCUCAUCCUCGGCCUAACUGGACGCAACUUCGCCGCCGGCAUGAGCGGCGGUAUCGCGUACGUGUACGACAUCGACGGAUCGUUCAAAGGCAAGUGCAACACUGAGAUGGUGGAACUCCUGCCGCUUAAGCAAAAUGACGAUCUUAACGUCGUCAAAACUCUAUUGAAAGAAUUCGUCGACUACACUGGUUCCCUGAUCGCACAAGAUCUUCUAAAAACCUGGCCGACACCAGCUAAGAAUUUCAUCAAAGUGUUCCCGUUCGAAUACCAGCGAGCCUUAAAGACUCUCGCCUUGAAGCAACCCGCCGCUCCAAAGAUGGAGACCAACGGCAAGGGUGACAAUGGCGUACAGGACAUUGAGGAAGCUGUCAGAGAUAUCGAACUGGAUAAAAAGAACUUGGAGAAGAUUCUUGAUAAGACUCAUGGCUUCAUAAAGUACCCUCGCGAAACAUCAAUGUAUCGACCUGCUGAAAAACGCCUCCGCGACUGGGACGAGAUAUACAACUUCAAUCACGUACGACGUGGGCUGCGGGUGCAGGCGGCCAGGUGCAUGGAGUGCGGGGUGCCUUUCUGCCAGAGCGGACAUGGAUGCCCUCUGGGAAAUAUCAUACCGAAGUGGAAUGACUUGAUCUAUAGGGGAGAUUGGAAACAAGCUCUGCAUCAGUUGUUGCAGACAAAUAACUUCCCAGAGUUCACGGGGCGCGUUUGCCCUGCGCCGUGUGAGGGCGCCUGCGUGCUGGGCAUCUCCGAGCCGCCCGUCACCAUCAAGAACAUCGAGUGCGCCAUCAUCGACAACGCCUUCGAGAGCGACUGGAUCAAGCCCGAGAUUCCAGAACAUCGCAACGGUAAAACCGUAGCUGUCGUCGGAUCAGGACCUGCAGGUUUGGCCUGCGCUCAUCAGCUCAACAAGGCCGGCUACACGGUAACGGUGUUCGAACGCAACGACCGUCCGGGCGGGCUACUCCAAUACGGCAUUCCAACUAUGAAACUCGGCAAAGACGUGGUCGCGCGACGCAUCAAACUGAUGGAGGCUGAAGGCAUCUCUUUCAAGUGCAACAUUGAUGUCGGAAAGGAUAUUUCCGCUACUGAUUUGGCUAACGAGUACAACGCCUUAGUCUUAUGCAUGGGCGCGACCUGGCCUCGCGACUUAAACCUCAAGGGUCGGCAACUGAACGGCAUCCACUUUGCUAUGGAGUUUCUCGAGAACUGGCAGAAGAAGCAGAUGGGUCCCACGCACCAUCAUCAGAAUAAGGACAACCCUGAACUCAGCGCGAAGGAUAAAAACGUGCUUAUUAUUGGUGGAGGUGAUACGGGUUGCGACUGCAUAGCGACGUCGCUGCGACAAGGCGCCAAGUCGAUCACCACCUUCGAGAUCCUACCCGAACCAAAACCGACUCGAGGACAAGACAACCCAUGGCCCCAAUGGCCUAGGGUCUUCAGAGUGGACUAUGGACACGAAGAGGUGAAAGUGAAAUUCGGAAACGAUCCUCGCAAGUUUUCUACGCUUACCAAGGAAUUCUUGGAUGACGGCGAAGGUAACGUGCGCGGUGUGGCGGCAGUCGAGGUGGAAUGGACACGCGGCGCUGGGGGACGUUGGGAGAUGAAAGAAGUACCUGGCACCGAGAAGGUCUACGAAGCUGAGCUGGUGCUGCUGGCCAUGGGCUUCUUAGGACCAGAGAAAUACGUUGCCAACCAACUCAAUCUUGCCCAGGAUGCCCGCAGCAACUUUGAAACGGAAAAAAACAAUAUCUACAAAACUCCAGUUACCAACGUAUUCGCUGCCGGUGACUGUCGUCGCGGACAGUCCCUCGUCGUCUGGGCAAUCUCUGAAGGGCGUCAAGCAGCGCGAGCUGUUGACAUAUACCUCUGCGGAAAGUCUUCCCUGCCCGGUCCUGGCGGCGUCAUCUACAACCAUUGAGCGUAACGAAGAGUGGCGAGAUCUGAGUAUGUAUUCAUAUGCUACGGCUCUAGGAGACCAUCUGCAUAAUGUGACUUCAAAUCAACAAGUAUACUUGAAGUGAAGAAAUUGAAACAAGCAUGAAAAUUUCGUAGAAAACCAGGAAUUUUUAAAAAAGACAGAAAAUAUAGACGAAGCAUACGUAAAAGUAUUUAUAAACGAUAAAAAAGGAAGCUCCGUAAAUUUCCACUGCAAUAGAUGUCAUUCAUUUAACUGGUAAUGUUUUCUUUAUGCAUUGUUAAUAAUGCCAUUAGUAGUGAUAAUGUUUUCGUUAUAUGUAAUUAUACUGAUAAUGUUCUCAUUGUCAAUUAUGUUAUUGUAUUGAUAAUGUUUUCGUUAUGUAUUGUCCAUGAUGUCAUUAUAGUGGUAAUGUUUUGAUUAUGCAUUAUCAAUGAUGACGUAAUACCUUAAAAGUAUCCCAAUUUGCCUGUUUAAAUGAAAUAUAAUGAGUAGGAUAUGUUAAUAUCUUUAUUUUAUAGAAAUCAUUUCACCGUCCGUAACAUAAACAAAAAUGUAAAAACAUUCAAUUGAAAGAGAACCUUACAAAUAUCUUCCUAGAGCUGUGACGUGGUAACGAUUAGUCGUAUAGAGCAUUUAGAAAAUAAAUAUAGAAUGCGGUCAUACAACCUGGCAAUAAGCAAGAAUCGUUAGACUUAUAUGUUAUUGAACUAGAAAAGACAAUAAUUUGUGGACGUCACCAUGAAAAUAGAUGUAAACCGGCAAAGGAUGAGAGAUGAUAUAUGGCAUUUAUUAGUCGGACGCAAUUUCACAAGUCUACUCGGAAUUCCUGAGGUGCAAAUAAUGAAUAAAAAUAAAGUUUAAACUGUUUACUUUAAAAAUGAUAUAGAUCAUAAAUUAAAUAUUGAUAAAUAGAUUCAUCAGUCUUUGGCUGAAAUGAUGAAAUUGAUACGUAUUAUGUUUUGUGCAUACAAUAUCCCCGGUAUUGGAUUGAUCGAAAGCCAAAAUGACGUUG